CCGAAUCUGUGAAAGCCUAUGAGUCGCAGAGAGAGAGAGAGACGCAGAAAAGGAGGGAGAGACCUUCGGCCCCGCUGACCUUCUCUCAACGAUUUAGAUGAAACCCAAACUCCAAACCACACAACCCCUGCGCGAACAUAGCUUAUGUUGUUCCAAACCAUAUAAAAGUAGCAACCUUUGAACAUUGAUACUACUUUGUUCCAUAUUCCCCUCCACAAAUGCAGAUACCCAGAUGGAGAAAUGUCCUGAUACUCAAGAAUUCAUUGAUUUCAUCCACUUAUACGAAGACCCGCUUAGCGUCGUUUCAUUCUACUCCGGCUUCAUUUGAGAAGAGGAGGGACAAAUGGAAUUUUGAUGUGAAGAGUACAGAACAACCAUCGAAGAAUUUCAUCAGAUACACAACCCGUCACAAGCGGGCUGAUGCAAAGAAAGCGCUUAAAGAUCUCCUCUUUAACAGAGGAUACUCCCCUAAAGUCACGUAUCAACACAUUCAGAAGGAAGAAGAUGAUUCAAGUAGCUCGCCUAAAAAUCUUAGAUCAAAAUCUUGUCAACAUGCUCAGAAAUCCCACCGCAAGAAAAUGAAACGAAAGCUUAAAAGAGAGAGCUUCUCUGAUGAUGAGAACCAUCCCGAGACAAUCUUUCAGGCGACAUAUGGCAAGAGAUGGUACACUUGGUCUUUUAAUGCACAGCGUGACUUUUUUCAAGAUACAUCAUCUGGAUUUGAGUGGAGAGAGCCUUCAAGUGGGAAAGAGAGAAAUAAAAGUUGGGAGAACAACAGUGACAUAGAGUCUGAUGUUGAAGAAUGUACCAUAGGAUCAUGUUCUGAUAGAAGAAUUCUCGGUCUCCCUUCAACAGGUCCUCUAAAGACCGAAGAUGUUAAAAAAGCUUUCCACUUAUCAGCUUUAAAAUGGCAUCCUGACAAGCAUCAAGGAUCUUCGCAGGAAAUGGCAGCAGAGAAAUUUAGACAUUGUGUCAAUGCUUACAAUUCUUUAUGCAAUGCAUUAUCCUCAGCAUAAGCUGUUGCAAUAGGUCCUGGUUUGUUCUUAUCAGCUUCCACCAUGGCUUAUAAUAACAACUGAGCUUUAUUGUAACUAUCAUGAUUUUGUUAAUAUAUUACUUUUCAUUUUCACCCUUUUCAUUCUUGUUUCUUUUGUAUAUGGAAACAUUUCCAAGUAGGAAACCCAGCAGUCAGGGAAGCUGGACUAAGGAGACUAUUGGGUGC